AUGGGUCCGUACUUGCGCAACAUGAACAUCAUCUCGCCCAAGCCACGGCGCCUCUAUGGCGUGGCCGGCUGGGUUAAGAAAAACUCUCAAAUCUGGGCACAGGGCGGCUUGGAGCCCAUUCCCAUUGACGACGACCUUGACGAAUACGACGAGACUUGUUACUUCUCUGAAGACGAGGUGCUGCAGCCCCUCUCUCUCGAAGCUAUCCCUCCAUUCCCCAAACGGAACGCCGAAGACACUCUAUUUGGGACGCGGAACCUCCGGGGGCAGUUUCGUCAGAGACACCGCCAAUCCAACUUCAUCGAGAUGUUUGACGACCACCCAAAUUACGCACCUUAUCCGGGAUUGGAGAGACCAGCUUGCUAUAUCUCGACUGCGUCGUCAUUUGAUAAUUCCUUUGGUCCCCCGGACAACGAAUGGCCUCGCACCGCUGGGAAGACCAUUGCCAAAGGAGUUCGGAAGGCGGUGAUGAAGAGUACGGAUAUAUGCCGUACUUUGAAGAAGAAGUUGGAAAGAUGA